AUGAUUAAAAAUCAUAGUUUAAUAAAUAAUAUAGAUAAAAUAAACACCUCACAAAAUAAUGAAACAGGUGCAUAUAGAAUAAUAAAUAAUAGUGAUGGUACAGAAAACAUUUUAAUAGGUGGAGAAAGUAAUUUAAAUAAUAAUAAUGGUAAUAAAGACUCAAUGUUAAAAUCAUUUAAUAAAAAUGACCAAGAUAAUCAAAUACAAUUAAAAGAAAAAUAUUAUUUAAAAAAAGAAAAUGGUAAUUCAUUUUCAACCCUAUUACCAAAUGAGCUGAUGCCAUUUUUCACAUUCUCUGAUUAUCAUAAUUUAAUUACUAGUAUAAACAAUUACAAAUCACCUUCAAACAAUUUUUUUAUAGUAAUGAUUGUAUUUGAAUCACUUUUGUUUUUAAUUUCAACUGGUCUGGGUUUAUAUUUUCUAUCAACUGCAAAUACUGGUAGAUCAAUUGCAAUAGGUUUAUUUUUAUUAGUUUUAUCAAUUUUAACUCUGGUAGGCUGCAGCUAUACUUAUUUUAGAAAAUCAAAAAUGUCAAUAGAUGAUAUUGGUGAUUUUUAUACAAAAUUAAAUAAAAAAUAUGAAUCAAAAAAUUUAAAAUUUACUGGGGUCUUUUCUAAAAAAGUAUAUCCAAAAUUAGGAGAUAAUUAUUACCAAGUAGAGAACAAUGAGGUAAUAAUCGAGUAUCCAAAGAUCUAUAAUGCUCAAGGAGUCCUACUAUACAAUUUAAAUACUGGUGUAGCACAAUAUUUAAAAAUAGAAUCCAAUGAUAAUAAUGAUAAAGAAAACGAAAAAAUUCCAUUACUUUCACCAUCAUCCUCAAUUAAUAAUCAAAAAUUAUAA